GAGGGGGAGCAAGAGAGAGGGGGAGUGAACCGGUGGCGGAGAAACCUUCUCAGUUUCUGUAAAUCCCACAUGCUGUAGGCUACAGAAUGACUGCGGCUGCUCUCCCACUCCAGACUUCUCUCUGAGAGGCAGCCCUCUCUUUAUUUUGUCUUCUCCUUCCCCUCUUUUUCUCUGCCAGACGUCAGGAGGAGACACAGGGCUCUUAUUUGGCCUCUCUUGUGUGGGAAACUGAGGGAAACAACUCCUCUCGCUGUUUUUUCAACCUCUUCCUCCUGUCUGCUUUUGAACUCUCUCUCUGGAUGUGACGGACCAUGCCGGUGGUAGGAGUAGCCUCCAAGCUCAGACAACCCUCAGUGGGCUCCAAGCCGGUCCACAGCGCUCUCCCCAUCCCCAACCCGGGCAGAACCGCUGCCACACGGGGGGUACAUGGCCAGGACCCCAGAGCUGAGGGGGUCAGAAUCCCCCUGCUCUCCUCCUGUCAGCUGUCACUCAAGUCAGAGUACCAGGAGAGGAGGACGCAGCAGAAACAACAGGGACGGAGCAAGGAGACAGAGGAGAGUAAGAUCUGCAAGAUUUAUACAGACUGGGCCAACCACUACCUGACCAAGUCUGGCUGCCCUCGACUCAUCAAGGACCUGACCAUAGACAUUGCUGACGGAGUUCUGCUGGCAGAAAUCAUCCAGAUCAUAGCUAAUGAGAAAGUGGAGGACAUCAAUGUCAGCCCCAGGAGUCAAUCACACAUGACCGAAAAUUUGGACGCCUGCCUCAGUUUCCUGGAUGCAAGAGGAGUGAAUGUACAAGGGCUCUCCUCAGAAGAGAUCCGGAAUGGGAAUCUAAAGACCAUCCUGGGACUGUUCUUCAUCCUGUCUCGCUACAAGCAGCAGCAGCAACAGCAGCAGCAGUACUACCAGUCCCUGGUAGAGCUUACACACCAGACCACUGGGGGCGGCGCCGGCCAGCCCAAAACGCAACCAGAGAUGCAGUCCAGUCUCACUGCGCGGUAUGGUAGCCCCCAGGGUCACAGCGGAAUAGGAGCAACACCACAGAAGAAAAACACAAGGUUGCCAGGGCCGACCAGGGUGUCCGCUGCAGGCAGCGGGGCCCCCAAGGGCCAAGGAUCCUCCAACCUCAACAGGAGGAGUCAGAGCUUUAACAGCAUCGAUAAGAGCAAGCCUCUCCAGUAUGCUAGUGGCAAUGACAGAGAAUCGGCGAAGAGCAUCCCUCUGCCUUGCAGCAUGAACGGAGGUGCCCAAGUGCCCACCAGCCUCAGCGGGCAGCAGCUGGCCUCUGCCAUCCCCUCCCCCACCGCCGGCAAGUCCUGGCGCAGCAAGUCCAUGAACAUGAAGCACAGUGCCACCUCCUCCAUGCUCUCGUCUCCACCUCGCCCUCUCCCCUCGCCCACCCCACCCCCUGCCUCCGACCGCCUACGGCCCCUGACUGAGGCGCCCAAGUCGGGCUCUGUCGCUGGCGCCUCCCAGAGAUCCAUGCUGGACAAGUUCCGGAUGAUCAACCCUCGCUCGGCCUCGCGGACUUCACCGUCGGUGGCCGAGAUGGCCUUGCAGGAGGAGGAUGACAUGUCGGAGUACGGCGAGGAAGGGCUAAGCAUAACGGAGUCAAUGUCGUCAAUGUGUACUAGCAGCAGCAACAGCACCAAGCAGCUGGCCAAGACUGCCUCGCCCCCUCCCUGGCAGCAGCCAAUAAGGGCUGUCAAUAAGUCCCUGCCCCAGCCCAAAGAAAAGGAGGAUAAGAGCAGGAGCAAAGGAGGCAAGGCCAGCACCCCUCCCAAAGAGGAACAACGGGAACCCAUGGUGGAUCCAUCCAAGAAGACCUCUAAGAUCGCCAGCCUCAUCCCCAAGGGAGGCAAGCCUGCAGCGGGCAAGAAGGACAGCGCCAUCCCCCCUACCUCCAGUGGAAUCCCCAAGCCUGGGCUCAAGGCCCCCUCGGCUACGGGGAAGCCGGCCGGCGGUCAAGCCCAGACCCAGGCCCAGGCCACCCAGGGUGGUAGUGGAGGGGGCAGGGAAGGGGACAAGGCCAAGGUGGUUAAAGGGGGCCAGGGGGGCUACUACAUGCAGCAGCGCUCCCUGGGGGGCCUGGAGGGCCGGCGGAGCAACAUGGUGUCUUCCACCAGCACCUCUGCCCUGUCCCAGCCCCCCGGGGCCAUGGGGGGGAACGGAGCGGUGCAGCUCCCCCAGCAGCAGCAGCACAACCACCCCAACACAGCCACCGUCGCCCCCUUCAUGUAUAGGACGUACUCCGAGAACGACUGUACCACGGUGGCCCCAACAGACCACUGCCUCAGUCCCACCAAGGAGCUGGUCUACAGCAAGACUGCCAAGCAGUGCCUGGAAGAAAUCUCAGGGGAAGACCCCGAGACGAGACGCAUGCGGACAGUGAAGAACAUUGCUGACCUACGGCAGAACCUGGAGGAGACCAUGUCCAGUCUGCGGGGGACGCAGAUCAGUCACAGCACCUUGGAGACGACCUUCGACAGCACAGUGACCACAGAGGUCAACGGGCGGAGUAUUACCAGUCGCUCCGCCCCCAUGACCUCCUGGCGCCUCGGACAAUCAGCCAAGCCCCGCCUACAAGCAGGCGACGCCCCUUCUAUGCCCAGUACCUACACCACAGUCCCACCACCUCGGACGGGUGCCAGCACAGGUGGCGCCACUGGGCGGUACGGUCACUCGGACUCCUCCCGGUUUGUGUACAGUGCCCCCCUGAGGCGAGCAGCAACGGCAGGGGCGAGAGGGGCCGAGCAGGGGGAGAAGGGAGGAGGGCCGGAGGGGAUGCUGGAGAUGGACGUGGCAGGGUACAUGAGCGACGGAGACAUCCUGGGGAAGAACGUCAGGACAGAUGACAUCACCAGUGGGUACCUUACAGACGGUGGUCUUCACCUAUACUCACGGAACGUCGGUCGCGCCCCUGACCUGAACACGGCGCUAGAGGUCACCCAGAGGGUGGUCAAGGAGGUACACGGGGACGCAGACAGUUGGGAUGACAGCAGUUCAGUCAGCAGCGGUCUCAGUGACACUGUAGAUAACAUCAGCACAGACGAUCUGAACACGCCCACCUACCCUGCCAUCACAUCGUCACCACGCAAGAACAAGGCAGCCCAGGCGGACACACACCAGCAUGUGGAGCAGGAGGUCAGUAGCAGCUGGGCCGGAGCUGAAGAUCUGAAGAAGGUGGACGAGGAGCUGGAUGUCAGCAUGGAGCCCGGCUCAAAGUGGAAGCCUUCCUCCUCCUCUGCCUCCUCGCCAGCGGGCAGUAGUGAGGAUCCCGGGCAGAAGACGGGCCUACCCAUGUCCCAGACUGGCUCCUGGAGGAGGGGUAUGACUGCCCAGGUGGGCAUCACGCCCCCGGACCAAAGGAACCAGCGCCACCUAAAAACCCCUGGUAAAACUGAUGACGCCAAGGCCUCAGAGAAAUGCAAGGCCCCCUCCAAGACCGCUGGCAUCCAGCGCUCGCCCUCCGACGCCGGCAAGAGCAGUGGCGACGAGGGCAAGAAACCCCCCUCGGGCAUCGCCCGCCCCCCCACCACUGGGUCGUUCGGGUAUAAAAAGAUGGCCAGCCCCCCCUCCGGUGCCCUCAUCACUUCCAGUGGUGCCACCCUGGCCAGUGGCUCUGCCACCCUGGGGAAGGUGCCCAAGUCUUCGGCUAUCGGCAAGGGGACAGGGAUCAGCGGAGGCCGUAAGACCAGCCUGGAUGGCUCCCAGCCCCAGGACGAUGGGGUGCUGAUGGGCUGCGGAGGCUCCAAGGUGCCCCUCCAGUACCGUUCUCUGCCCCGGCCGGCCAAGUCCUCCAGCGGGGGGGUGGUGGGGCGCAGCGGCCACCGCUCCAGUUCCAGCAGCAUCGAUUCCAAUGUCAGCUGCAAGUCGGCCGGAGGAACGGGGACCAAGCGAAGGGACACUGGGAAGGUGGGCUCGGGGCGCUCGAGCCCCAUCCCCAUCACCAUCAACCAGACGGACAAGGAGAAAGUGGCCGUGUCAGACCAGGACCCAGCAGGUUUAUCCAUCCCCAAGUCCAGCCCCACCUCCACGGGCCAGUCUGGCCUCAGGCAACCAGGGUCCAAGUACCCGGACAUUGCCUCACCCACCUUCCGCAGGUUGUUUGGCACCAAAGCCAGUAGCAAGGCCAGUACCCCAGGCACACCCGACUCAGGCAAGUGCCCCUCUGCGUUGGGCAGCCCUCAUGGCACAUUGGCGCGCCAGGCCAGCCUGGACUCUCCCUCCUCGGGCACGGGGAGCCUGGGCAGCGCGGGCGGGCAGAGCGGGGCUAGCAGCCCACUUUAUGGCAAGGCCCCUGACCUGGGCACUGAUUCACCUGCCUCCAGCCCGGCGUCAGGCCUCUCGUUGCCCUCCAACGCCCGCCCCUGGCCCACCAACCUCAGCAGCUCCUCGGCAUGCUCUGGCAGUAAGGACACACUGAGCUGCCAGAGCAUGACCAGUCUGCACACCAGCUCCGAGUCCAUUGACCUGCUGCUGGGGCACCACCACGGCCCCAAAGUCACCCGCACGGCCAGCGUCAAGUCCACGCUUUCUGAGGGCAUGCCUCUUGACCGAAACACACUCCCCAAAAAGGGACUGAGGUACCCUCCCUCGUCCAGACAGACGUCCCAUGAGGAGGGGAAGGAGUGGCUGCGUUCUCACUCCACUGGAGGGUUACAGGACACGGGGAGUCAGUCCCCUCUCUCCCCCCCUGGAGUUGCAUGCACAAGCACCGGAAAAUACCACUACUCCAACCUGCUGAGCCCCACCAACCUGUCACCCUACAACCUGCCAGGACCCAGCAGUAUGAGUCGCUCCAACAGCAUCCCUGCCCAGGACUCCUUUGACCUGUAUGGAGAAGCCCACCUGGGGGGCAGCGCCACCUCUCUGGAGGACAGACCCCGGGGCAUGAGCCGCUCUGGCUCCUUCAGGGACAGCACCGAUGAAGUCCAUGGAUCCUCACUGUCGCUGGUCUCCAGCACCUCGUCCCUGUACUCUGCGGUUCUUUCCUUUCUGGCCAAGACAGAGGAAAAGGCACAUUCUGAGGGUCAAACAGGCCAAAAUACCACGCAAAUCAGGAAACUGCGACGAGAGCUGGACGCCUCCCAGGAAAAGGUUGCGACCCUCACAUCUCAGCUGUCUGCCAAUGCUCACCUGGUGGCAGCCUUUGAGAAGAGCCUGGGGAACAUGACCUGUCGCCUAACGAGCCUCACCAUGACAGCUGAGCAAAAGGAGUCGGAGCUGGCUGAGCUGAGAGAGACCAUCGAGGCGCUGAAAGCCCAGAACACAGACGCCCAGACAGCCAUCCAAGUGGCCCUCAACGGCCCCGACCACCUACACAAAGAUCUGCGGAUUAGGCGGCAACACUCGUCGGAGAGCAUGUCCAGCAUCAACAGUGCAGCCAGUCACUCAUCCCUGGGCAGCGCCAAAGACCUAGAGGACAAGAAGAAGAAGAAGAAGAGCUGGUUGCGGAGCUCGUUCAAGCAGGCCUUCAGUAAGAAGAAGGGCAACAAGCCUCUCUCCCACGACGACAUCGAAGAGAUGACAGACACAUCACUGCCGUCCUCGCCCAAGCUACAGCAUGCUAACAGACAGGACAGCUUCCCAACACUACUCUCCUCAGCCUCUACCACAGAGCUGUGUGAGUGCACGGAGGCGGAGGCGGAGAUCAUCCUGCAGCUGAAGAACGAGCUGAGGGAGAAGGAACUGAAGCUGACAGACAUCCGCCUGGAGGCUCUUAGCUCCGCCCACCACCUGGACCAGAUCCGAGAGGCCAUGAACCGUAUGCAGAAUGAGAUCGAGCUGCUGAAAGCGGAAAAUGACCGGCUCAAGACGGGAGGCACCACGCCAGCCGCCACGCCAGCCAAGAUGGGCCGGCCGCCCUCUGAGACCUCCAGUACAUCCUCGUCCUCCUCGCGCCAAUCUCUGGGCCUGUCCCUCAACAACCUCAAUAUCACAGACACCAUCAUGUCAGAUAUUCUCCUGGACGAUGGUUAUGAUGGCAAUCUACGCAAAGAGGGGCGCAGUGUGUAUAUGGUGCCUAGAAUCAACAGUGGCUCCAAUAAGACCACGGGUAUGCAAAGCCAGGAGUACCUCAUUGGUUCCAUCGGCGUGAGCGGAAAGACCAAGUGGGAUGUGCUAGAUGGAGUAAUCAGACGAUUAUUCAAGGAGUACGUGUUCCGGGUGGACCCACUGACCAGUCUGGGGCUGAACUCAGACAGUAUAGUCAGCUAUAGGAUGGGGGAUGUGGUGCGGGCCCACGCCUCUGAACUGCCUGAAAUGCUGCCCUGUGGCUACCUGGUGGGGGACAACAACGUCAUCAGCAUCAACCUCAAAGGUGUGAAGGAGAACAGCAUAGACAGCCUGGUAUUUGACACCCUCAUCCCCAAGCCCAUCGUCCAGAGAUACCUCAACCUGCUCAUGGAACAUCGCCGCAUCAUCCUCUCUGGCCCCAGCGGCACUGGGAAGUCCUUCCUGGCCAGCAAGCUGGCAGAGUUCAUUGUCACCAAGUCUGGUCGAAAGGUCACGGAGAGCAACUUGGCUAGCUUCAACGUGGACCAGAAAUCCAGCAAGGACCUGCGUCAGUACCUAUCCAGCCUGGCAGAGCAGUGCAACACUGAGGAGAGCGAGACAGAGCUUCCCGCCGUGGUCAUACUGGACAACCUCCACCACAUCGGCUCACUCAGCGACAUCUUCAACGGAUUCCUCAACUACAAGUACCACAAAUGCCCGUAUGUGAUUGGAACCAUGAACCAGGGAGUGUCUUCCUCUCCCAACCUUGAGCUUCACCACAAUUUCAGGUGGGUGCUGUGUGCCAACCACACAGAGCCGGUCAAGGGUUUCCUGGGCCGAUUUCUGCGCAGGAAGCUGAUCGAGACAGAGAUCAACAGGAACAUGCGCAGCAAUGACCUCAUCAAGGUCAUCGACUGGAUUCCCAAGACGUGGCAGCACCUCAACGGCUUCCUGGAGGCCCACAGCUCCUCAGACGUCACCAUCGGUCCCAGGCUCUUCCUGUCCUGCCCCAUGGAUGCAGAUGGCUCGCGGGUGUGGUUCACUGACCUAUGGAACUACUCCCUGGUGCCUUACCUGCUGGAAGCCGUCAGAGAAGGGCUCCAGCUGUACGGCAAGAGGGCGGCGUGGGAGGACCCGUCCAAGUGGGUGAAGGACACCUACCCCUGGAGAUCUGCCUCCUUGCAGCAUGACAGCCAGGCCCUGCUCCAGUUACGGCCAGAGGACGUGGGCUAUGACGGCUACAGCUCCUCCAAAGAGGGCGCCUCCUCCAAACAAGUGUCACAGAGUGACACGGAAGGAGACCCACUGAUGAAUAUGCUAAUGAGGCUGCAGGAGGCGGCCAACUACUCCAGCGCGCAGAGCUGCGACAGCGACAGCGCCAGUCACCACGACGACCAGCUGGACUCGUCACUGGAGUCGGCACUCUAGACGAGAGCUCGGAGAGGAGACCUCAGAUGGAGUGACGGAGCGGAGCGCUUUUCAGCGUGGCGUCAGCGAGACGUGGCGGCUCGAACACUUCCAGGCACCCCACACAUAACACAGAGAGAUGUGUGUAGUCAGGAGAUGUCUGUUAGUGGGGUCGGGGGGAGAAAAGCCCUCUGACGAAAUGGAGUAGAUUUUUGUGUAUGGUGGUUGAGACACAUUCCUCCAUUUCUCCACUGGAUGUGGCAUCCCAAAAUGCAGGCUGCACGUACACAGUGAGAGACAAUUAUGUCUGUGGUUCUACACCAUACAACUGGAAUUGACAUUAUAGUUUUAUUUGUUGAUUCACAGUUGUUGUAUUAACUACGGAUGUUUACAAGGGCCAAAUUCUGGUUUUGUUUACUAAGGUGCUGAACAAAAAAAGGCACGUAUCCCUCCCGUCAAACCCUGACCUCAGACGAGCCACAUGGUGCUGGUCCCGUGCUUAAACCUGUCCCUAGUUUACAGGCAACGCCAAAACCCUCCGUACACCCCUCGCCAACAAGCACAAAAAGAGCACUGUGUGUCGUCCAACCAACUGCUACUGUGAAACAAUGGACAAGUGCCCGUGUUACCGUUUGAUAUACUGCCAAGGGCACUGAGACGUGCCCGUCCACAUCCAGAGUCCUUUUAGGCUUUUCACACUAGCAGACCUGUUGUUUACCCUUUCCUUUAAAGAUGGACAGCACUAUACCAACAAAUGGGUGCUGAAGGGAGGGGUGGCUCCUUCAAUCCAAGGGCCAGGUCAAGAACAGUACAAGCCUGAUAUUGGUGCUUUCUCAAUGCAAAGCUCUGAGACAGGGGUGUAUUACUUCAGUCUUUGGCUCCCUGCUGACCAUCCUGAGUGGAUAGGAGAUUGACAGGAACACACACUUCCUGACACACAACCAUUCAAAUGAAGUGGUGCCGUAUCGUCUCAGUGGGUGCUUUAAUUUCAGUACAGUAAAGGAGAGUUUUAUAACUACUUUUAGGCCAAAAUAUCUCACAGAUCCUGUCAAAGUAUGUUUCCCAAAACCAUCCACGUUUGUUUCUGACAGUAAUAUUGUACAAGCAAAAUGGCUGUUAUACUGUAUUUGCAAGUGGAACGGACCAAUUGUAUAAAAGUUCAAAGGGUUGGGCAUUUUUAUAGUUGUUGCUUUUACCCAGUUGAGCUGGGUUCACUUGGACUGUCAUGAGCACAACCCUUUUGGUUUUAUAGCCUAAGGAGCAUGUUUUAAGCUUUCUAGGGGGGAACAUUUGAAGGAGACGUUUCCUUUUACAUAACAGCGUGUGGUAGGGACAGAAGCCAUUUUGGAUUUUGAUUGUCCUUCCUCCAUUAAUGAGUGGGUUGGUUUUGCACAGUUAAAGUGGGGUGUAAAUAAUAAAGUAUUGCACAGUGAAUCAGAGAUGCGUUCUUCCCUGUUGAUGUUAUAUUACGCUUUAACUCGUUGAGAAUUAUUGUACGUUGCAAAAAAUAAUACAAAAUAGAAAUGCAAAAAACCAACAAGCUGUCAGAAACAGGUGUAUGUCUUGUGGUGAUUGGCUGUCUUGCCUAUGCAGGAGACAUACGAUGUACAGUAUGAUAUUAUUAUUUUAAACGCUGUAUAUUAAUGUUCACUAAAUCACUGAUUUGAGGAGCAAACCAUUCAAUUUAUCAAGAAAAGCAAAUCUGGUCAUUGUCACAGAUUUUCCUUUUGUGUAAUUCUCUGGAACUAGCAUUUGGUGACUCAUCCCCCUAUUCAACAGGCGAAAAUUCACAAAGCAUUACACUAACAUUUCUGAAUAUACUUAAAUUCAGUCUUGUAUUCGGUUUUAGUAGAAUCUGUUUAGUUUUUUGUCAUCCCAUUCUGGAGGUACUAUUUUCCUGCUGUUGUGCUAUUUACAGGUGCUACUGGUCAACUAAAUCUAUCAGAUUCCAUUUUCUGCAGAAAAUGUUGUCACAACCUCAGGACAAGCUCUUGUUGUCAUCACUUGGCUGUGACAAAUGUAUUUUUAUUUUGUUUUUGCACACAUCAUUGUUGGUCUACCCCAUCAGCCUGCAUCUAAACAUAGAGCCUGACACACACACACACACACACACACACACACACACAGUCGGUAAGACAUAGCUCCCCUCCAACACAGCAGACAUCUAGUCACCCCUCCCUGCUCCCCUAGGACACUAUCAGUUGCCUAGUUAACCAGAUGUUUUCACAACACAAUCAGUUGCCUAGUUAACCAGAUGUUUUCACAACACAAACAGUUGCCUAGUUAACCAGAUGUUUUCACAACACAAACAGUUGCCUAGUUAACCAGAUGUUUUCACAACACAAACAGUUGCCUAGUUAACCA